AUGACCAAAUGCAAGUCCAAGGAGUCUUCUUCUGCGAGGUCUUCUUCUGCUUCUGCGUCUGCAGCGGCCUCUGCCUCGACCUCUGACCCCGCCAAUAAGAAGAUGGCCUCGGCCAAGGAGAAGCAAGAGAUUACAGGUGCCAAGGCGGCUAAGGGGGAAAAGUACCAAAAGAGAACUGCCUUCGAGGUUGACGAUAAAGAUGUCGAGAACGAGAGCGAGGCGGAAGGUCAACUGGGACACUACCGCCCGACCAAGGCUCGCCGCAUCCGGAAAGACAAAGCAGAAGAGACCGACGACGCUCGAUCCAUCCUCAAGCGUAAAAAGGCGGCCCGUAACGACGCCAUCUGGAGGUUGAUCACCAGUGGCCCCGUGACGCCCUCGGACUUGUCAAUUAAAACCACAACGACCACAACCAAGAAUGAGGUCGAAACAAUGGGCGAGAGUAUAAUCAAAGUCGCCAUCAUCGACACCGUCACCACCUUGGCCAUGGAGGUUGCUCUUGCUGCUGCUGUCAGUGGCGUCGACUCUCGUGUUGUUGACGAGGCCCGAGAUGCUGUGGAUCAGUUGUCAAUCCAUGAAGGCGACUCGGAGAACAAAACAGGUGACAUUACGGACAUGAACAUCAGUGGGGGUCAGAGCUCUGACGCCUCUGCUGCCGCCGUCGCCGCCGCCGCCAUCAGUCCUCGUCGUAAGACUCUUAACGUUUUGAACGAUACCGCGUUGGAGAAGCUCUGGGCUGUCACGCGAGGAAAGUUCGGCUAG